AUGUUACUGUAUUCUGUAGGGAAAAAACACGAGGAAGGCCACGCAAGUUACCCUCAGAGUCCGGCUUUGCAGGUGUGUGUGUGUGUGUGUGUAGGCAGUGGACAGCAGUCUGUAACUGGAGUGGAGAACGCAGAUGAUGCCAACAGUUAUUGGCAGAUUCGUGGGAAGCCUAACCGUCCGUGUCAGCGCGGGGCAGCUAUCAAGUGUGGUCAGGCCAUCCGCAUCACACACAUGAAGACCGGUCGAAACCUCCACACACACCACUUCAGCUCACCCCUGUCUAAUAACCAGGAGGUUAGCGCCUUUGGAGAGAAUGGCGAGGGUGACGACCUGGACGUUUGGACGGUGCAGUGUGACGGUGUUCACUGGGAGCGCGACGAGGCAGUGCGCUUCAAACACGUGGGCACCGAUGUCUUCCUGAGCGUGACAGGCGAGCAGUAUGGCCAUCCCAUCCGCGGCCAGCGGGAGGUGCACGGCAUGAGCACUCCAAACCAGCACAACUGGUGGCGCUCCAUGGAGGGCGUGUUCCUUCAGCCCAGCCAGAUGCCGCUGCGCCACGAUGAGCUCUGACAUCAUCACUAGGAGACAUGUGGAUUCAAUUUGAGGGUUCCAUAGCUCUCCUGGACCAAAUGACGUCAUGUGUGAAGGAUGAAGAAUACUUGACUGAUGACUCAUCUCAGUACAUGUGAAGCACUCAGGGUGGUCUGAGACAAGGAGGAUAAUAUUUUUCCCUAAAAGUUUGAAUAAGAGCAAUGAUACUGUAUGUAGUGUAGGCAUAUGGUCUAUAGACCAGUUUCCUCCUUAGAGAAUUUCGAAGUGAAGGAAAUAUUUUUUGUAAAAACCAAGGCUAGGUUACCAACUAGGCAAAGCAACUACCGCUGGGCCCACAAAAGCCCUUAAAGACACAUGUUCACUGUUGUAAUCUGAAUAAUUUUGUAAAUAUGCACAUCUAAAGAACAAUAUCAGUUGAAAUGUUGAUGGGCCUUGUGUCAAAUAAAACCUUUGUUUUAGUUCAA